ACCACGUAACCACGUACGUUUCGAUGACGUCAUGGCGCCACUUCCGCAUUACCGGUAAACGAAAGAAGUCUGUUCUGUAUUUUCCAUGUGAUUUGAUUUGAAGUUUUUCUCCGUGUCAGUCGCUAAUCAAAGAUGUCUAAACCGAAAUUAAUAGUGUUCGACCUCGAUUACACCCUCUGGCCGUUCUGGGUUGACACUAAUGUUAAUCCACCUUUUCACAUCGAUGACAGCGGCACUGUGCGGGAUUCAACACGUACCAAGGUUUCCAUUUAUCACGAUACUGAAAAGAUCCUGAGCUCACUCCAUAGUCAGGGAUUCAAGAUCGGCAUUGCAUCACGAACCACCGAGACGGAAGGAGCCAAUCAGCUGCUCUCACUCUAUAAACUCAACCAAUACAUCACCUUUAAGGAGAUCUACCCUGGGUCAAAGGUCACUCACUUUAAAAGGCUGAAAGCUGACAGUGGCGUCCAGUUUUCUGACAUGAUGUUCUUUGAUGAUGAGGAUAGGAACAUCGUGGAGGUUGGCAAACUAGGUGUUCACUGCGUGUUGGUUCGUAAUGCGAUCACCUCUGGUCUAGUCAAUAAAGCACUGGAGGAGUUCAGUAAGAAGCAGUGAUGGUGUCUGGUCCCGCAGAGAUGCAGCUGCUGCAAAUGAAGAAGAAUCUGUUCGCUAUGCAAAUGGCAUGUUAUAGAGAACUAGGAGUGUCAUGUUCAGUGGUUAUUUCUGUGUAAUCAACUGUCCAAUGAUAGUUUUUAACUUGACAAAUGUAAUUGGCGAAAGCAUAAAAUGCAAUUUUAGCAUUUAAAUAAUUUAGAUUUUUGGUACAUUUGUAAUGCAAUUUAUUUAUAUUUUUAUUUUUCAGUGUAUAAAUUGAUAAUUGCACCUGUGCUUAAUUUUUUAUCUAAUAAACCCCUGGUUUCACAGACAAGGAUUAAGCUAUUCCUAGACUAAAAUGCAUGUUUGACCUGUUUUAACUGAAAGCAACUUGUACUGACAUCUUAGAAUAUGUCAGAGCCAUUUGUUUGGGUUCAAGAUGCACAUUAGUAAUGUUUUUUUUUCUAGGGUAUGUUUACGAAAGAUACUUAAAUACCCUAAAUUGAACUAAUGCCUAAUCCUGGCUUAGUCUAAGCCCUGUCUGUGAAACCGGGCCAAAGACCGUUAAGUUAAACUUUUAACUAUACAGCUCACACAGUUUGUAAAACAAAAAGGUCAGUGUUUUAAUUGUUAAUGUAUGUGGCAUUUAAAUAUGUUCUAUUUUUACAAUAGAAAAAUAUUUUAUAUUUAUAAAACAUGGCAUCCAA